GAGCGGUAUUUCGUCGCGUGACGCCGUAGCGUUCGCAUCGAUCUGAGCGACGGACGGCGGCGACUACACCGCGUAGGGCGGAUAGAGAGAGGCGCGCACACGGCCGAAAAUCAAUCCCGGCGCGUGUCAGGUCUCGCGCCCGCGGAGAGAAACGGAUCGGCGAACGGGGGAGGUUGCCUGCUCCUCGGGGUGGCGAGAAAGGGCGACGACGCUCGGAGGACGAGGGACCGAUCGGCGGCCGCCGCGAUGCUGAAGAAGUUCCUUGGCAAGUCCGGCCGCAGGCUCCUGCGGGCGAUCAAGAAGCUGUCCACGAGGAGCCGCAAGGCCAAGCGGUCGUACAAUCCCAGCUCCUGGCACACGACCAUCCCGGACCUCGAGACGACCUCGCUCUCGUGGUCCCUGCCGUCCCUGGACGCCAAGAGCAUCGAUACGUACAUGACGUACGUGGGCGAGGGCCAGGAGGACUGCACGUCCAACUGUUGCUGCUGCGACGAGUACGAGGAGAACCAGAGGAACGAGAACAGGGAGAACGAGAUGAUAAUCUAACGUCCGUGCCGCCAGGCGACUACGCGGGCCGGCGCACUUUCCGCCUCGGCGCGGCUCGGGGCUCGGCUCGUUUGUCUCGCGAUCGAAUUCGCCGGCAAUCGUCCCCCCGAGGGUGGAUUCGCACGCGCGCCGCUCGAAACCAAUAUUUAACCCUUAACUGGUGAGUACGAGUACACACGUCCGACACGGUUUCGUUACCACCUUUCUGUUUCGUUUCCUUCUCCGAAGAGACUUCGCCCCCGGCCGGUGCAAUGCCCGGGUACCAAAGAGAACGUUCGUCGGGGACCUGCGACCGGUUAAGGGUUAAUCACGAUCCCUCCGUAAUCCGUUCCACGCACGCACACGCGCGCGCGUACGCACGCGAUACGCAUACGAAGCGCUUUCGCACGCGCUCCCUUAUCUCGCGGUAUAGAUACGCGCCGCGCGCGUCGGGAAAACGCUCUGUGGCUGGACCUCGGAUUGCGGCGAGAUCGGUCGCUCGCACUAGUGCGCACUGAGUGCGCACGCGGGGGCUUGUUUACAGUCGAUUCUUAUAUUUAAGAAUCGUCUUAAAUAUCUCUUGCAAUAUUUCGUAGCCAGUAAAAUCCCUGGUAGCACACUUUAUUCGGGAAAUAAUGUUAAUCUAGUGUUCCCAAUAUUGGUCCAAUAUUGUAAGAUGGACGCCUUCUCUUAUUUAGCCCAUGUCUAUUCAGCAAUGUUGGUCUAACAUUGUAUCAAUAUUAGACCGAUAUUCUUAUAGCAUUGUUAAAUAUUGGUCAAUGCACUUUCAAUCUAAAUCUGAUAUUACAUAAUUAGUAUCGUGCAAUAUUUACAUUUAAACCUUUGCUCAAUAUUGGCUUUACGUUAGACAAUAUCGGCCAAUGCGUUUCUAACAUUGUAUCAAUAUCAGACCAAUAUUUUUAUUACAUUGUUAAAUAUUGGCCAAUGCACUCUUAAUCUAAAUCUAAUAUUACGUAAU